CUGUGUGCAUAACGAGUGAAUGUGAAGCAGGAGCUGUGUUUGGUUUGACAGAGGCUGCAUCUGCUAGAAAGACAAAUCAAUCCUGUAGAAGCAGCAGCUGGUUAAAAAAAAAAAGUGAUCUGAUGGUUUUUGCAGAUGUGAUAAAAAUAUUUUUCUGCCAUAGUGACGCAUUUUGGAAAUCCUGCCAGCCAAGUUCCAAAUAAGGUUAAAGGUUCCAUUUGUUUUGUCGAUGGGCGUGUGACAGCGCAGGAGAAGUUUAAACUUCACUUUUUCUCACUCUCACACACUUCACAUCUGAAAACGAACAUGGACGUGUCAGACAGAAAGAGGAUUGUCAUCUUGGGAAAAACGGGAGCUGGGAAAAGCAGCCUGGCUAACACCAUAUUUAGAGACCAAGUGUUCCUCCUUGAUGAUACUUUCAACUCUGGAACAAGAGUAUGUCAAGCAGAAACCAAAUCUGUCAGUGGAAGAAGCAUCACUCUGGUCGACACUCCGGGUUUCUUCGACACAGACAGAUCUGAGGAGGAGCUGAAGCCUGAGAUAGUGAGGUGUAUCACAGAGUGUGCUCCUGGGCCUCAUGCUUUUCUUAUCGUGCUCAAAGUGGAGAAAUUCACAGAGCAGGAGCAGGCUGUCAUCAACAAAAUACAAGAGUACUUCUCUGAGGAAGCUUUAAAAUAUGCAACUGUUGUCUUCACUCAUGGUGACCAGCUCCCUGACGGAGAGACAAUUGAAGAACUGGUCAGAAAAGUUAAGCCUCUGGAUGACCUGGUGAAGAAGUGUGGAGGACGGUGCCACGUCAUCGACAAUAAAUACUGGAAAGACAAACCAAAGAAUGAAUACAGGAGCAACAAGUUCCAGGUGGAGGAGCUGCUGAAGACGAUAGACAAGAUGGUGACGGAAAACAAUGGAGGCUGCUACACCAAUGAGAUGCUGCAAGCAGUGGAGCAAAUGAUAGAACAGGAGGAGGAAAACAUUAGAGGGUCACCAGGAAACAUGACAGAGGGGGAGAUCAGAAAGAAGGCUAAGAACAGAGUUUUUCAUUGUCUCUUGAUCAGACUGGUAGGUGUUGGAACAGGUGCAUUGCUAGGGGCUUUCUUGGGUGUAGUAGUGUUGGGUGGAUUAGUUUUCAUAGGUUUGAAAAGUAUAACACCAUUAGCAAAGUUGGUAUGUUCAACAACAACAGCUGUAAAGGAAUUAGCAGCAGCAGGAGCAGCAGGAGCAGCAGAAGGAGCAGGAGCAGCAGGAGCAGCAGGAGCAGCAGGAGCAGCAGGAGCAGCAGGAGCAGCAGGAGCAGCAGGAGCAGCAGAAGGAGCAGGAGCAGCAGGAGCAGCAGGAGCAGCAGAAGGAGCAGGAGCAGCAGGAGCAGCAGGAGCAGCAGGAGCAGCAGAAGGAGCAGCAGGCGGAGGAGCAGUAGCAGGAAUGAUCAGCAUCGCAAAGACAUCUGCAGCAGCAGGAGCAAUGAUAGGAGGUUUUACCGGAUUUGUUGCAGCUGAGGGAGCAGAAACACCCCAGGAGGCAGCAAAGAGGGCAGCAGAGGCCGUAAAGAACGAAGCUCUGUAUGUCUUAGAUUUAGCAAAUGAUCUUGUGGAAAAAAUAUUAAAGUGAAAAUCCAGUUAAAACGCUAAUGAACUGUGACUCUCGAGGAAAGGGGAGAGAAUCUGUCAUAAAAAAAGCUUUAUCUCCCAGAAGAAUACAUUACGGUGUUUAUCAAAACAAUAUUUAACCACUGAGCUGAGGGUUUUUAUUCAUAUGCAAUAAUCAGUUGUCCCACUUGUCUUGAGCUUCACACUUUAGUUGCUUUUUCCUCUUUCGCAAGCUAACCGAAGAGUUUUAUUAACAUAACAUAAUGUUUCUUUGGCGAUAUGACCAUUGAGGUUGUUUAAACUAAACCACUGUUCACUGUUGGUUGUGUUUCUGUUUUUAGCCUUAUGUUAUUACUGUUUCCUGUUCCUAACCAUAAAACAUCACUUAUUUGCAGCAUAGGUUUAUUAGACAGGCUUUUCUGAUGCUCACGGUGUUGUUUCAUUGUGGAUCACAAUGUAUCAUCUAAUAUGAAGAAUCAAUAAAAUGAAACUUUUAUCUCUGCAAA